UCUUCUCGAAACGCUAACAUGGAUCUUAAGAGUUUUACCUUCUUCAUCCUGGUGGCUAGGGCCUUAGGAAGCACAGUUCCUUCAUACAACACGCCUGCGCCUACGUACCGUGCUCCUGCCCCAUCCUACAAUGCCCCUGCUCCUUCAGGGCCAGCUCAGUACGACUUCAACUACGAGGUGAGAGACGACCACUCUAGAAACGACUACAAUCAUCAAGAAAAUCGUAAUGGAUACGAUACUCAGGGAGCUUACUACGUUCUCCUUCCCGACGGCCGUGUGCAGAGGGUUGCCUGUGAUACCCGGAUACGUGGCUGA